GGGCGCAUGAGUGACACGCGUUGGCUCCUCCUCCGCGCUGCUGUGCUGCGCUGCUGAGUCCGAGCGCAGCGAGCCGGAGAGCGCAGCAGCGACUUCACCGCUGCAACUUUGAUGAGGGAUUCUUUUUUUUUGGAGUCGUCGAUGAGCGCGUCUGAAGUGCCUUUCUGGUGAAGACGAGGGGACAGCGUCUCGACCUGCGGUACCCCCCCCCCAAACCCCCCCACCCCUCCUCCACCUCCACCUCCACCUCCCCUCUCUCUGCCCGUCGGGUCGACAACAAAAAUGAAACUCCUGACGUGUGUGAUCGCAGUCGCCGUGGCGGUGAGAUCUGCGCACGCAGGGACGCUUGACGAGCCGUGUGCCGGCCGAAACUGCGGCCAAGGAUGCCGCUGCAACCCGGAGAAAGGCAGCCGGGGCCGUCCCGGUUCGCUCGGUGAGCUCGGUCAGAGCGGACCAGAGGGGCCCCGGGGGGGCCCCGGGCCCACAGGACCUAAAGGGGAGAAGGGCCACCUUGGGCUGAAAGGACCAUCUGGCCCCAAAGGAGACAAGGGACCUAUGGGAGUACCGGGCUUCCAAGGAACGGAUGGAGUACCAGGUCACCCUGGUCAGGACGGAGGGCGAGGACCAGCGGGACUGGACGGAUGCAACGGGACCAGAGGAGAACCGGGGAGGCCCGGCUACGGGAACGGAGAACCCGGGUCACCUGGAUUUGCUGGGCCUUCUGGGCCGAAGGGUCAGAAAGGAGAACCUCAAUAUAUCCCUGGCGAUCUCACGAAUUUACCGGGUGUCCAAGGAAGAGACGGUCCGCCGGGUAUCAGAGGCCCGAGUGGUCGGCCUGGUUCUCCUGGUGUGAGGGGGCCUGAGGGAUUCAGCGGCCGGCCUGGUCCUCCUGGUCCUCCAGGGCUAAUGGGGAGCCAAAGUAACGGAUAUGAAGGAGAGAAAGGAGACAAGGUACAGCAACACCUUCAUUCCCCUCCAUCCUGCCCCCCUCGAACCCCGCCCAUCCCCCGAUACCUGCCGAGCUGCUGGGCUCAGUACCUGGCCAGCUGGUCAGAGGAACUCUUUUCUUCACCUGAGCUCAAAGGUCCGCUCAGAGGAGGCAUCCCUCAGCAGUACCGACAGAAGGGAUGUCGCUAUGUGUUCCGCUACAGGAGUCGGACUCUAAGGGAGCGUCACCCAGAGCGCUACCAGCAGGGAGACCAGGGAGACCCCGGAGCGCCCGGACCUCCUGCUUACGUCACCGACCGCGGCACUUCCAUUCAAGGACAGACGGGCGACCCGGGUCUCAACGGCGCGCCCGGUUUCCCCGGCGACCGGGGCUUCCCGGGAUUCAAAGGGCAGCCCGGCGUGCCGGGCGUCGGCGGCGUCGGCUCAGGUCGCCCCGGGCCGCCGGGUUACCCCGGGACCUCCGGCCCGAAGGGAGAGACGGGCGACCCGUCCCCAACGGCCUACGGCCCCGAAGGAAGACCCGGCAUCCCCGGAGCCCCCGGAGCGCCCGGCCCCCGCGGACCUCCGGGCCCUUCCAGAGCCCGCGACGGACCCUGCGUCUACUACCCGUGGCCCGAUUCCAAAGGAGACCCCCGCCCUGAUUUCCCCGGAGAGCCGGGGCCUCCUGGCUCCAGGGGAGCGCCGGGCGAAAGAGGGUACAACGGCUUCAGAGGUACGCUCACACACACACAGGGAGCGGGGGGGGGGGGCGGGGCUACCAUGGGAUUGACAGGUGGCUCCUCCGCUGCACACGGAUGGUCAGGACUCGACGGCACCCCCGGCUUCGCGGGACAGAAGGGGGACCGCGGCGACGGCGGGCCGCCCGGCUUCAACGGCGCCCAGGGACCUCCCGGUCGCGCCGGGGACAGCGGCUACUAUGGUCGCAAAGGCGAGAAGGGGGAGCCCUUCUACUCCAACCGGGGCGCGGGGCUGAAGGGAGAGCUCGGAGCCCCUGGAGUCAGAGGGCCCACAGGGGAAACCGGCAAGCCCGGCAGAGACGGACUGCCCGGCUUCCCCGGAAACCCCGGCCCCCCGGGCGACGGCGGCGUCGGCUCCAUUGGGGAGAAGGGCUUCCCAGGGUUCCCCGGGGGGAAAGGGCGUCCCGGCGGCCCCGGCGAGCCCGGCAUCGGCUACGCCGGGCUGCCCGGCUUUCGCGGAGAACCUGGGGACCCGGGUAGGGAUGGGCUACCAGGGCCACCCGGUUCACCUGGAUUAAAAGGUGAAAACAGCUGUGCAGGGGUUAAUGACGCCGGAGAGGGACCGGGCCAAGUGUUGCCGUGCAUCAUAGACGGAGAGGCCGCAGAGCCCGGACCUCCUGGUGAACCGGGACGACCAGGUGCUAAAGGGGAGCCCGGCUUCCCGGGAAACGCGGGGCGUCCCGGCUUCGACGGCUCCAAAGGAGAGAGAGGAGACCCGGGAUUCGGAGGCCAGCCGGGACAGCAAGGUUUCCCCGGGCAAAGAGGGGAUCCUGGAAUUCCCGGCUCUCCGGGUCAGAGCGUCGACGGAGGCAGGGGCAACAACGGCGUUCCGGGGCGUCCUGGAAGCAAAGGUCAGCCCGGAGAGGUGCUGGGAGCCACGCCCGGGGGCCCCGGGCAGGACGGUCUCCCCGGAAUCCCCGGAGACAAGGGCCAGCCCGGGACGCCGGGAGGUCCCGGAAUACCUGGUGGGCGGUGACGGGGCGCUUUCGUGUUCCCGGGGCUGAAGGGAGAGCGCGGCGUCGACGGGCGCCCCGGUAUCGGCGGGCUCCCCGGCCUUCCCGGCCCGGGUUUUGGCAUUCCAGGGCCGCGCGGAAACCCCGGCGGCAGCGGGCCGAGAGGACUGCCAGGCUGCCAAGGUUUCCCUGGUCGGAAGGGAGAAAGAGGAGACCCGGGCUUCCCGGGCCCGGCUGGGAUGAAGGGAACCCUGGGACAGCCCGGCUUCUCUGGGUCACCGGGACCCAGGGGACCCCCCGGCCCCCCGGGACCGGGAACCAGAGACGGAUUCCCAGGAAGCCCCGGCAGGAAGGGGGAGACGGGCGCCGCGGGACUGACGGGUUUCCCGGGACUCCAGGGUCGUCCCGGAGGCCCGGGGUUCCCUGGAGCGAAGGGAGAGGCCGCGGGGCCCGGAAGAGACGGGCUCCCCGGCGCGCCGGGGUUCCCAGGACAGAAAGGUGACAGAGGAUACCCCGGUCCGCCCGGUCCGCCCAGUCCCUUUUAUCCACAAGAGUUGGUGACAGGUGAACCAGGGACACCUGGAAGAAGCGGCCUUCCCGGCUUCCCCGGACCGCGAGGUGACAAGGGCCAGUCAGGUCUGCCGGGUCGUCAGGGUCUUCCCGGACUUCCGGGUUACGCCGAGCUGAGCAAAGGUCAGCCGGGACAGCCCGGGUUCCCCGGGAGACCUGGGGAACCCGGUCGCCCGGGGCCGAAGGGAGAGUCUGGGAUCAUGGGAUUCCCCGGCAUGUCGGGACCUCGGGGUGACGACGGUUCACCUGGUUUCCCCGGCAACCCCGGAGAAUUCGGCCGUCCCGGUGGAAAAGGUGCACCCGGAGAAAGCUACGGCUAUCCCGGAAGUCCGGGGGCUAAAGGCCAGCCCGGAGAUCCAGGCUUCCCAGGGGGGCGCGGCAGCGACGGCGCCCCCGGCGACAGCGGCUUUCCGGGAGGUCCCGGUUUCCCUGGAACGAAGGGAGGUCCCGGCGAAGGAGGGCGUCCGGGAAUAACUGGCUCCCCCGGUUUCCCCGGGCCCAAGGGCCAGUCCGGCUACCCGGGAGAGUCGGGAGUGAACGGGUCUCCCGGUCUGCCCGGCGGUCCCGGAGGUCCCGGAUCCAAAGGUUUGCCCGGACCCCCCGGUUUGGACGGACUCAACGGCCUCGCUGGACCCAAAGGCCUCCCCGGAACCCGAGGCGUGAAUGUAGGAGGUCGCCCCGGAGAACCCGGCGCUCCAGGCUUCAAGGGGGAGAGAGGCAUCACCUAUCCAGGGAACCCAGGCUUCCCCGGACCGAAGGGAGAGAGAGGAGACUCAGGCCGUCCUGGACUCGUAGGGUUCCCCGGCCUGCCCGGACCUUCUGGCGUCACCGUGGGCUCAAAUAUUCCCGGGCCUUCUGGAGACCCCGGCCUCCCUGGACUGGAUGGAGAGUAUGGACUCAUGGGACCUCCGGGCCCCCCCGGCCCACCUGGUCCAGGCACGGCACAGGGAGACCGCGGUGACCCCGGGCUCCCGGGCUUCCCCGGCUCCCCCGGCAGGAAAGGCGACGCGGCCAUCCCCGGAGGCCCCGGCCUGCCCGGCAGCCCCGGUUUCAAAGGAGGACGAGGGGACAGCGGCUACGGCGGCAAUCCUGGUGUCAAGGGUUACGCCGGUGACCCUGGUUACUAUGGAAACAAAGGAGCUAGGGGAUUACCAGGCCGCCAGGGUAGGAAGGGCGACGCGGGGGUCUUCAUUCCGCCGAUAGACCCACCCUCGGAACUCUACGGAGACACGGGUUUCCCCGGUGCAGUGGGUGGGCCCGGGGCUGCCGGACCGCCCGGUCAGUCGGGGCAGCCUGGACGCGCAGGUCCUAAGGGUCGACCCGGUCCCGUGGGUAAACUUGGCAGGACCGGAUCUCCUGGCUUUCCCGGACCCAUCGGCGACGCCGGACCCCCCGGUUUCCUCGGACCCACUGGAGAGCAAGGUGCCACCGGCGCGGCCGGCCGGCCCGGCGCCCCCGGCGGCGUGGGCCGCAGCAGCAGCAUCGGCUACACGCUGGUGAAGCACAGCCAGAGCUCCCAGGUGCCCAUGUGUCCCCAGGGCAUGGCCCAGCUGUGGGACGGAUACAGCCUGCUCUUCGUGGAGGGACAGGAGAAGGCGCACAACCAGGACCUCGGUCAGCCGGGCUCGUGCCUCCCGCGGUUCAGCACCAUCCCCUUCCUCUACUGCUCGCCCAACGAGAUCUGCUACUACGCCAGCCGCAACGACAAGUCCUACUGGCUCUCCACGACCGCGCCCAUACCCAUGAUGCCUGUGGCCGAGCAGCAGAUACAGCCGUACAUCAGCAGGUGUUCCGUGUGCGAGGCCCCGUCCCUGCCCGUGGCGGUGCACAGCCAGGACAUGACCAUCCCCACCUGUCCCCCCGGCUGGAGGAGUCUCUGGAUAGGUUACUCCUUCCUCAUGCACACGGCGGCCGGCGCCGAGGGCGGCGGCCAGUCCCUGGUGUCCCCCGGCUCCUGCCUGGAGGACUUCCGCGCGACGCCGUUCAUCGAGUGCAACGGCGCCAAGGGCAGCUGCCACUACUUCGCCAACGAGUACAGCUUCUGGCUGACCACCGUGGAGCCCAGCCAGGAGUUCGUCUACGCGCCGGCGCAGGAGACCCUGAAGGGAGGCCAGGAGCGCUCCCGAGUCAGCCGCUGCCAGGUCUGCAGCAAGGUCCUGUAGGAGGAGGAGGAGGAGGAGGAGGAGAGCGAGGAGGAGGAGGGAGAUUGAGGUGGCAUGUAAAAAUAAAAAAAAAAAGAGAGAGCGGUGCUGAUGAUGGGAGGAGGAGAUGAUUCACAAAGAAAUCUAGAAAAAGAAGACGUGACUGACUGAAAAUGAGCCGCGCUCCUCUCGAGAGACGAGUCGAACGGCGUCAAGCGGCUUUUCAGAGUUUUUGAUUCCCCUUUUUAGGAAUGAGUGGCUUGUUGAUGGAAAAGAAAAAACAUGGAGUGAACGAGGAAACAGAAAGAGCGCCCUCGCUCUUCUCUAGAUUAUCACUGACAAUGGUGCUAUUGUGUUAAGUGUCUGUAACUGUAUGUUGUGUCCCGGCGGUUCGCUCUGGUCUGCUUCCCGAGGGCGUCGGUUGAAUCGGAGGUCUUGACUUCAGACUCGUCACAAAACGUUGCUUCCUCUGCGUUGCCUGCGACGUCACGCGGAGACUAACCGGCUGUUAGAGUGCAACAUUCUCCAAACUGUACAGUAUUUACCUCAUUUACGUUGAAAAAUAUCAGACAGGAAUAAGAGGAAGUUAUAGAGUGAAAUCUUUUAAGAACAAAAAAAAAAACAGCUUUCUUAUUGAAUUGUUUUCAUUACUGCUCCUUUGAUUUGACUUUCUAACCACACAAAUAUAUUUUCAGGCUUCUAGAUAAUAUUACCGACAAAAUAAUCCAAGUUUAGGUUGACUCUUGAUUUUGGACUCUAUGGUGCUACAACAAAAUUUGAAAAUAUUACACAUUAAAAGGUAAAGAAACGCUCUUUUCUCUCGACUGGCUCAGAGUCUCUGCGUCAUUAAUACACAUUCAUAUUCAUUUAUACACAUAUAUAUAUAUACACACACAUACAUAUAUAUAUUGCACUGAUGUGAACUCAAAUGCGUUACAGCAAUAAACCAAAUCAAGGGGCGUAUUUACUCUCCACCUUAUCAGACUUUCAUCUUUAUUUUGUGACCAAACCUCCUUCAGAGGGCAGGAAACACACACACGCACACACACACACACACACUCUGACAGGCUGUUCCUCAUCGCUGUAUAUAAUGCUUACUGUGUUCGCCCACCAAAGUAUGUUUGAGCAGAAGUCUCUUUGUUUUAUUUUCACAGUCCAUGGAUCUUUUCUGUCCUUGGGUAAGAAAUAGGAAGCCGUCGCUUAUUUCCUCUCUAUAAAUGUCGUUUUUUUUCCACUUUUACGACAUGUUAUUCGUGUUAUUCAUGUUAUUCAGCGCGUUUCGGGGGUUGACGUUGGUGCGCGAUGCGAAUGGAAAGCUCCUGUGUGACUUGUAACCACUAUGACCACUGUCCUUCUGCCCGUAGCCGAUUCUACUGCUGCGCCGCGUUCUACUUCUUGCAUUUCAUUCUACUCUUGUUCGCCGUCAGCCUUUUUGUGGUUUUGUAAUCUAGUUUGUAAUUAUUUGACUUAAAUCAUGAUACUAUCCCCUGGUUUUAUUUACUUUAGAGAUGGGGGGGAAUGGGAAGACAACGACGUGUACAUUAAAUAUUAUUGGGAAAAAAAACAAAUGCCUUAAGGAUUAUGUUUUUAUAUGAAAAAUAUAUUCGCCACUGAUGAUUUAACAGACGCAGUGACCGUUUUUAUUGUCCGUUUGGUCCAUGCAUUGUUUUCAGAAAGCGCUGAAAAGAGUUGAAAUGUUUUGAGCAGCAGAGGGACAGAAAAGAAAUGCAGUUUUCCUCAAAGAGGAUCCAUAACAAUACAACAUUAACAACGUGUCUGUUACUGUUACGUGUAUUUCCGUGCGCACACAAGUUGAAAUAAACUCUCUGAACUAACUGAGAA